AAGUCCAAGUGAUGAUAUGAAAUUUUGAUAUGUGAUUGUCUAAUUGUACUUUCGCCAAUCGUGCAAAUCUCUGCAGCAUUUAAUAUUAUUUUUAUUAUGUGAUAUAAGUGUAAUUCCGGUACCACAGGGAUGUCAUCGAAAACGGGUCUCCUAACAGCUGUGCAUCUGACCAACAUUGCCAGUACGUUGGCUGCCACUCGGAAGUACGCGCUCGGGACUCUUUACCUUCAGUUACAUCCACGGUUUCAAGAUGUAGCAAAAUCGACCACUUUCAGCCAAUUUAUUGCCUCUGUGUAUCAAAGUUCACCGAAGGUGCUCGGGCCGGACGUGGAUUUACGCAUACUAAUAAGUUCCCUCAAAUUGAAAGAAUUCGCCCGUUUGGAUCGCCACAUUGACUACCUCUUCUACGACUACUGUCUCGAAUCGCACCGGGAUGGGUUGGAUAUAGCGAAGCUGUACCCCGGCUCGCGGGAAAUCGAACUCGGUACGCAGCCGUUUUCGAUUGAUGUAGCCGAGUCCAGCGAUGCCAGCCAGACAUUUAACAAUGUCGUUCUCGGUGGAACGUUCGAUCGAAUCCAUGCCGGUCACAAGGUUUUGUUGUCGCAGGCGGCACUAUUGGCCAAGGAGCGAUUGGUCAUCGGAGUGACGGAUGAAAAUAUGAUCAAAAGCAAGAAACUGUGGGAGCUGAUUCAACCGACGGAACGGAGAAUCGAAGAUGUUCGAGCGUUUCUUGAGGAUGUGGAUCGUACGUUGAAACACGAAGUCGUUCCCAUAAGUGAUCCUUUUGGACCGACGGCAACGGAUCCGAAUAUGGAUCUCAUUGUCGUUAGCACGGAAACAUCCCGUGGUGGAGCCAAGGUGAAUGAACUGCGUGCCAAAAAUGGACUCAACCAGUUGCAGGUUCAUACGAUCGGUCUACUGGACGAUGAGCUUACCGUUGAAGAUAAGGAAGACAAGAUAAGUUCCAGCAAUCAACGUAUGGAUCUGCUGGGCACUCGGCUGAAACCCCGCGAGGUGAAGCCACACCUGAGCCCGAAACCGUACAUCAUCGGACUGGUCGGUGGGGUUGCUGCUGGGAAAAGCAAAAUGGCGGACCGUUUCGCGAAGCUUGGCGCAGGGGUGAUCGAUUGCGAUAAGAUCGCCCAUGAGCUCUACCAACCGGGUGAGGAUUGCUACCAAACGGUGAUCAAUAAUUUUGGGUUGAAUAUUUUAAAUGAUGACAAAUCAAUCAACCGGAAGGCUUUGGGGGAAAUUGUUUUCUCCAAUCCGGAUAAGCUGGAUUUACUCAACACCAUUCUGUGGGACGCCAUUUUGGAACGAGCUAGGCUGCGCAUCAAGGAUCUGUACGAGAAACAGAACAAACAGAUAAUCAUAAUGGAGGCAGCAGUGCUGUUGCGAGCGGGAUGGCAAACCGCUUGUCACGAAGUUUGGUCCUGCAUAAUUCCCCGCGAGGAAGCCAUAAAACGGUUGAAGGAACGAAAUGGUUUGACCGAGGAGGAAGCCGAGAAGAGGAUAAAUGCCCAGGUCAGCAAUACCGAUUUGGUGAAACAUUCGGAUAUCGUGUUUUGCACUGCUUGGAGCUAUGAGUAUUCGCAGACACAAGCCGAAAAGGUAUGGGCAAAUUUGGUAGAAGAGCUGAAGUUGAAGCUUUGAGGUUUCAUUGUUGACGAAAUAAAUGUUAUUGGUUUUGGGAAACUGUGUUUUUAAA